UAGUUUCGAUGUAGUACGGACGUGCCAUAUAUUAAAUGAACUGCACGACUCUGGUGAGAAGAUAAGCUCCAGGUUUCUCGAGUAAGGGAUAGAAGGCUUCUGGCGUCUCGGGUAACCACAGAGAAGAAAGCUCCUGCUGCUACUCCGGUCGCCUUUUAAGUCUUGGCCACGCCCUGGUUUUGCAGCUGCCGUAAAGUGCGACGUCAUGCCACGCCCAUUGGGCGCUUUUUAUGACGUAGUAGGCCGGGGUGUGGUUUUUUUGCGCGGGAAAAGGGGGCAGUCUGGAGCUCUAGCCUGUGUUGCUGGGACCGGCAGUUUCUGUGGAGUUGUCGCUCGCCCCCUAUCCCUGCCGGCUAUGGGGUUACUGGAACUGUGUGAGGAAGUGUUUGGUACCAACGACCUUUACCGAGUGUUGGGCGUGCGGCGCGAGGCCUCGGACGGCGAGGUCCGACGCGGCUACCACAAGGUGUCCCUGCGGGUGCAUCCCGACCGGGUUGGCGAGGACGACAAAGAGGACGCCACCCGCCGCUUCCAGAUCCUCGGGAAAGUCUAUUCUGUUUUGAGCGACAAAGAGCAGAGAGCAUUGUACGAUGAGCAGGGAACAGUAGACGAAGAUUCUGAUGUGCUCAGUCAAGAUCGGGACUGGGAGGCGUAUUGGAGGUUACUUUUUAAAAAGAUAUCUCUAGAAGACAUUCAAGCUUUUGAAAAGACAUACAAAGGUUCUGAAGAAGAGCUGGCAGAUAUUAAACAGGCCUAUUUGGAUUUCAAAGGUGACAUGGAUCAGAUCAUGGAGUCUGUGCUGUGUGUGCAGUACACAGAAGAACCCAGGAUAAGGAACAUUAUUCAGCAAGCCAUUGAUGCUGGAGAGAUCCCGUCCUAUAAUGCCUUUGUCAAAGAAUCGAAGCAAAAGAUGAAUGCAAGGAAAAGGAGGGCUCAGGAAGAGGCUAAAGAAGCAGAAAUAAGCAGGAAGGAGCUGGGCCUUGACGAAGGAGUAGAUAACUUGCAAUCAAUCAUUCAGAGCAGACAAAAGGAUCGGCAAAAAGAAAUGGACAAUUUUCUGGCUCAAAUGGAAGCAAAGUACUGCAAACCUUCCAAAAGAGGAGGGAAAAAAACGCCUCUCAAGAAAGAAAAGAAAUAAUGGAAUUUUCUCUUCAGAAGUCCUUAGGUGUUAAUUGGCACCAUUGUAGGCAAGAAACAGUCAAGAUUUGAAGAAAGAAGUUAACCCUGCUCUUGAGAAAAGCUGUCCUUCCAGCCUAAACAACUCCGCUCGACUCUGUACACCAAGCAGAAUCUCUCAACCUGAUUUUAGUAAUCUUAGAAAUCCCCUGACAUUCUUUGAGGUCCUGCAUGAAGGAAUUUGGAGAUUUUUGUGGGAAUGGGGGAGAGUGAUGUACUUCCUGGCAGUGCUUGCAUCUGUGAUCUUCUGUACAAGGAACUUGUAUCUAGAAUGUGGGUCUGGCCCAUAUUGCCUAUAGCAGUUGUUUUGCCGCACGAGUGUGCACACAGCCGCAGAGUAUUCGGAGUGACGUGUGUGAUAUUAGAACAGUAAUUCUGUUCUAGCUCUGCCUAGCUAGAAUGCUUUCAGAACACUUGGUGGACAUCUUUCUUUCAAAUAUUUGCCAGUUUGCUUUCAGGCUUAAUGUUCUUGAAUAGAUCCUCUCUCCUUUUUGUUUUACUCAGCCAGGUUUUGUACUCUUUGCUAGAAGUAUAGGAGAAGCAGAUGUUGAGAUUACUUUAAGCAUCUUUGUAAGACUUGUACAUGAUGAAAUAAACAAGUUAAAAAUGA